AUGUUCUCUGCAAAGACUGUCGUCGCCGCUGGGCUCAUCGCCUCGGUCAACGCCCACAUGAAGAUGAAGAGCCCGGUCCCCUUCAACCCUGCUGGCUUCGCCAACGGCCCGCUCGAGGAGAACGGCUCCAACUUCCCUUGCAAGUUCGACGGCACCUACACCGCCUCCGGCGGCCAGGUCAACUCGUACCCGCUCGGCUCCCAGCAGACCCUCGCCUUCAUCGGCCAGGCUGUGCACGGAGGUGGCUCUUGCCAAGUUUCUAUCACUUACGACGAGAACCCGACCAAGGACAGCGUCUGGAAGGUCAUCCACUCCAUCCAGGGAGGCUGCCCCGCCAAGGGCGUCCCCGGCAACAUGGGCGACAGCGCCGAAGCUGACGACCCGUUCACCUACCCCUUCACCAUCCCCAGCGACAUCCCCGCUGGCAAGGCCACCAUCGCCUGGACCUGGUUCAACAAGAUCGGCAACCGCGAGAUGUACAUGAACUGCGGCGCCCUCGAGCUCACCGGCUCCGGCGGCGACAAGGCCAACUUCGAUAAGCUCCCCGACAUGGUCGUCCUCAACAUCGGCAGCGCCCCCAGGACCAGGGAGGGCGUCGACUACGCCUUCGAGAACCCCGGCAGCUCCAUCGAGAACAACCUCAGCGGUUCGAUCCAGAUCUGCGGCAGCAACGGCUGCACUGACGGCUCCGCCGACUCGCUCCCCGCGCCCCCGGCCGCCCCGGCUACCCCGGCUACCCCGGCUACCCCCGCUGACCCCGCCGGUGGUGUCUUCAUCACCCAGCCCGCCACCCCCGAGAACACCCCCGCUCCCGCCCCUGCCCCGGCUCCGGCUCCGGCUCCGGCUCCCGCCCCGGCUCCCGUCACCGGUGGCUCUGGCUCUGCUCUCUCUGGCGCCUGCAGCCCCGAGGGUACCUUCAACUGCCUCGGCUCCAGCUACCAGCAGUGCGCCGCCGGCCAGUGGUCCGUCAACAUGCCCCUCGCUGCUGGCACCCGCUGCGCUCCCGGCCAGGGCGAUCUCACCAUCUCUGCUCUCCGCAAGCGCUCCGGCCGCUCUUUCCGCGCCUAA